AAUCAGCAGAGAUGCAUGGCACAGACAUUACUAAUCAUUUCAUUCUUAUUGCUUCUUAACUCAGCCAAAUGGAGUGAGUCAAAUAUCCCAAGUUUUACAAAGUGUAUGAACGGGAAGAGGACAAAUUAGCAAAAAGGGAAGGGGGUAAUGGAGCACUAAGUUAACUAUGAGAAGGGUACAAUUUAUAGGCUUUACAGGCUUGUACUUCAAAGUGAUAACAACAGAGAUGAAAAAUAUUCUGACAUGGUACGUCCGGGAAAAAAAAAAAAAAUCACUCAGACACGCCUUCUAUUCAAACCUCACCUGCGUAACUGUAAUACAAUGCUAUCACCCGUCACACCUGAAGCUGGACCUUAGCACUCGCAAGCUAGAAAGGACUAUGAACUGUAGAGGUUCUCUAUUGGUCUGAAUUUUCAGCCAAAGAUAUAAACCUGCUCUAUUGAAAAGAUUUAGAACAAGAACUUUAGAGUUGAACAAGCCAUCAUGUAACCCAAAACGCCUCUAGUAUGUGCUUCAUCCUGGUAAACUGACAAUCACAUAACCCAGUACUCCAUGAUGCACCAUCCAUAAAAAUCCCUACAUCAAAUUAUACCAACCUUCAAAAAAAGGAGCCAAUAUUUUUUUGCAUUUGACCAAAUUCAGUGGGAUGCCCUUAAGGGCAACAUUACAAGCCAAGCCUCCUUCAGGGAGGUGGCCAAGGAGAUCUUCAAAGCGGAAGUCUCUGUCCAUCAAUAUGAUCAGUCUUCCACUGGCCGAUUUCCGACACCUCGCCCACGUCGACUCGGACAUAAACGGGGACAGCUUUGGAGACCUCUCAUUCCUGAAGCAGGGUCACAGGUUGUUGCUGCAAAGCUCUCAGAGUGAGCAGAACCUGCUCCAUGCCGGUUUGUUCCCUCCAAAGCCUCCUCGCCUCAACCUGAAUGAAACAGAGCUGGGCCAGGACAGUGAGGACUGGGAGUUCCAAGACCAGCGUUCAACUGAAAGACGCAAAAAAUGUAGUUCUCUGCCACUUCUGGACACUGAAGACACGGAGAAAGAAGCUUAUGAACUACAUCAAAAAGAGACCUCUAUCAGUAAAAGCACUGGCUGGGGGAGCCUCAGCUCAGGUAGGGAUUCAACACAGACUGGUCCUGAGGAACUCCAGCCAGAUGAAAUUGACACAACUUUCACUUUUAAUCUAGACUUGGGGCCAUCUAUAUUGGAUGACGUACUGCAGGUUAUGGACAAACUCCAUCAGUAAAAGAAAAACUGUCAUGUGAUACAUCAUAUAUUAAUGGAAAACCGAUGUAUGGACUUCCUGACCUCACUGGAAGAAUACUAGUUAAUGAGUGAUGAGGACGUCUCUAAUUUGGACAAUAAUAAACAAAGGUUGUUAAUGACUUUGUGGUUCAAACGUUCAACCAUUGUUAGGAUAAUGCAGAUUAUUAACAAACAUACAGUACAAGUCAAAAGUCUGGACACCCCUACUCAUUCAUAGGUUUUUCUGUAUUUGGACUAUUUUCUACAUUCUAGAACAAUACUGAAAACAUCAAAAAUAUGAAAUAACAUAUGGAACAUAUAUGGAAUUAUGUGGUAAAAAAAAAAAAGUGUUAGUUUUUAAUUCUUCACUGUAGCCAGCAUUUACCUUGAUGACGCUUUGCACACUAUUGGUAUUAUCUUAACCAGCUUCAUGAGGUAGUCACCUGGAAUGCUUUUCAAUUAACAGGCAUGCCUCGUCAAAGGUUAAUUAGUGCAAAUUCUUGCCGCCUUAAUGUGUUUAUCAAACAGUAAAUAGUAAAUAAUAAAAGUACAGUAAAUAACCCUACUCCACGGCUGUAAUAAUCCUUAUUAUGUCGAGAAACACUCAACUAAGUAAAGAGAAACAACAUCCAUCAUUACUUUAAAACAUGAAGUGUCUUUUAACUCAUAAAAAUAAAGAAUAACCACUAAAUUAGAAGGUGUGUCCUAACUUUUGACUGGUACUAUAUGUUUAAUAUAUUAAACAGAGGACUGAUACAAUUAUUUUUAAGAUUUAAUAUUAAUAUUCUGGGUCCUCUUUCAUACACACUUAUAAAUCUUGUGAAAGUACACUGAUAUUUAAUGGUUUUAAAACUUUCAAACUUUUAUUUCAGAAGGCUAUCAUGAUAUUUCAAAUGUUCAGGAAUAUGGUACUCAUCAAGCAACUUAGCACUUAUAUCUUUUAUUAUGUUCUAUAAUUAUUAUAUUACAUUUCAAUUCUAUAAGACAUAAAACAUGAGACUUUCUGAUUUUGUAUUUCCAUAAUAAGACUGUGAAUCGGUUUUAGGCAUAUUUUUUAUGUUUUUCCUCAGAGUUCAUGCAUGAUAUGGUCCUGAUUUGAUUAUCUAAGGUAAAAGACUAUCUUUAGUAAAACUAAAUCAAUAAAUACAUUAUUCAAUUCAUAAUUGUAAGAAUGCUGAACCUGUUUGUUUUUAAUAAUUAGGAGGUUUAUUGAUGCGUUCUGAAAAAAAUAACAAAAUGAUCAAGUUUAAUGGGUUUCAGUGUUUUAGAGAAGCAUUCUCAAGAAUCCUACCAAAAUCAGUAGUGCAUAAAAUCACUUGUCAAUGGGAAAUGGCAUCCAUCUGAUCCAGAAUUAAAGCUCUAUCACCUAAACACAA